GUUACCUUAAACAAUAUGGCGGACGAAGGCUAAAGAUCUGAAAAACAAUUUCCAUUUCUAUAAACAAAAGAAAAACCUGCCAAGAUGUCUGCCACUGUGACAGAGAGGCUCAAGACGCCUCUCCUAUAUCCUUGUGCUGCAAGGGUGAAGAUGCCACAGAUUGGAUCAGAGGACUCUGACCUGAAACUUGGCCAAAAAACAAACAGAUACGCCCCAGAGACCAUUGUGUUUAGAGCUACUGAUGAACCCAAAACUCCAAUUAGCAAAAAUUAUUUAAAAAAAGUCUCAACUGAUUUGAAAUUUGAAGAAGAUGUCGUGAAAGAAAGAUGUUAUCAUGCCCUGCCUUAUGAUGAAAAAUAUAUGUAUGAAGCUUUUGAUAUUACUGGUCUUGUGGAACUGCCGGCUAAGACUCGAAUACCAGUUGGACGUUACAAUUCAAGAGGAUCUGAUAAUAGACACAUGCCUUGUAACCUUACAAAAUCAACAAAGUCAACUUUAAAACCUCUGCGAAGAAAGAUAACAGAAAGAGCACAGCAGAUGCACUAUGAAGCAUUAAAGAGAGAACAGUUGAGGGAGAUACAAACAAGAAUUAUUGAGAAGCAUAGAGCUCUUGAAAGAGAAGGAAUAGAUGAAGAUGAAAGAGAAAGUAAAUCUGAAGAUGAUGAAGGGAAAGAUGGAUUCUUUAUAACUCAAACGAAACAAAAGACAGCACCAAAACCAGGUGUAGAAGAGAAACCAUCAACAACCGAGAGAAAAGUCCCGCCACUUCCACUAGAGACACCUACGGCAGUCCGUAAAGCUAGUGUUACAAAGUCUCAAGGGAAGACUGCUGCUGAGCUUCUAGCUGAGGAUGAGGAUAAGAAAGAACAAAAGGAGAAGACUGGGAAUGAUUGGGACUCCUACGUCAUGUCCCUUGUCAGUAAGAACACAGCCAACUGGAUCGUGUACGAGAAAACACCAUCUGGCACACAUGACAGGGAAAAGCUCGAGACAUUGCUGAAGCAAUGGUACGGCGCUCCUGAGCACACGGAUCUUGUGCGUGAUGUUGUGAGUGACACAGAAAUGGAGGCAGAGGAUGUAGAGAAGAGACCAAAAAAAAAGUGGAAAAAGAAAGAGGCCACGUUAUUGCAGAGGGUGUACAAUCUAGAAGAAGAUAAGCCCCAAGCACUUGACCCUUACUCUGACGACAACAGGGCACCAUUCUACCGCCAGCCCGCAGGCCUGCGACGAGCCAGGAAGCAUGAGGUCAAGGAAGAACUAGGAGCCCUUAAGCCCCUGGACGAGCCAGGUGCUAUAAACACAACAGCAGCCAAUAUCGAGGUUGCGCCAUACAAACUCCCCCCACCCCCUAGUCUACGAGACUUCCUCAACCCGGCUGUUGGCUCUACCAUUGUGGAGACAGACAACAUGUUUCAACAGGAACAACUCACUGGUCGUGAGCAGUUGUACCAGGCUUUUGGUGACAAGCAGAAGAUUGUCAUGGAAACCAACAACAAGUACAAGAAGGAGCUGCAGCCUGGUUUUCCUAAACUACCUGAAACAUGGUUUCCAGCUACUGAUGCAGAGAAACAAGAGUCAGCAAGGGAGGUGAAGAAGCUCCGUAAGAGGGAACGCGGGCUACGCCGAUGGAAACAGCUGCCACAGCCCAUUGAUGAUACAUCAGAUCUUCUCAAGAUCCAGGCACCUGGAAUGGACAACUUUCAAAAGUCUGCUGACCCACGCACGCGCAAAACUGCCAAAAACAAUGCAUCACUUUUGCAGAUCAUUGAUGAGUGGCGGACCAAAUGGCACCUCUCCGGCCAGUAUGUGGACAGUACACCCGAGGACUUGAUCCAUGACAUGGCCGAUAUCCAGCCACACGUGCGCCUCAAGGCCAUUGCCACAUGCGCCAAGGCAUCAGACUAUAAACCGCCUGAAGAUGACGGUAUUCAGUUGGAGUUUAUGGAGAGAGAGACAGAAAAUCGACUGCCGGAGAAACUGUUUGUGGCACUUGAGUGCCUUUUGGAAGAUGCAGUUGAUAAAGUCAGAACUGCUGCUGCUAUUACCCUGUACUCACUCAACCGACCUUCCAAACAGGCUGAGGGCAUACUGUACACUGCCCUGGAGAGUCAGACCUCUGUCGAUCGUUGGGCAGCCGCACAGUGCCUGGCCCACUAUGGUGUGUGUGACUCUGAUGUCAUCAGCGAGAUCCUCAAACAGGUCAUGAACACUGAAGACACCAUUAAGCAUGAGCGCGGCAUCAGCAUGCUGGGUGUGCUUAGCAUCUCUUCAAAUCUUGUUCACUGCAUGGUGGCGGAGCAGUUGAACAGCAGUAGUUGGCGGCACAAGGUGAUAGCCUGCAAGAUUUUACCAACACUCAGUGGGGAUAUCAAUAAGGACAUCACUAACAAACUGUCUGACCUGAUGUGGAAUGAUUGGCACUCUGAGGUGCGUCGAGCAGCUGCCCAGUGCCUCGGAAAAACAGGUCACGGGCGUGACGUGCACGACAACCUGCGGGAAAAAAUGCUUGAGGGUGAUGAGAGAACAAGAAUGGAGGCCCUGAACAAGAUAGGACAACUUGGUAUUAUGACAGCCAAGCUUCUCCCAGCAUUCCUUCUGUGUUUCGAAGAUGAGUAUGUUGCGAUCCGCUCUGAGGCAUGCAUCACUUCAGGAAACCUCGCCGUUAAGGAUGAGGAAGUCAUCGCAAAACUGAUCAAUCUCGCGACCUUCGAUACCAUCUGGAAGAUAAAGGCUCUUGCUUUUCAAGCGCUUGGAAAAAUUGGCCAGAUUACGGAGCAGAUAGUAGACUGUUUGUUGUGGGCCGUGCGUUACGAGGAAAACGCAGGUGUUCGAGCGGAGGCAUGUCACACGUUACAAGUGCUCCAAGUUCGUACCGAGGAAGUUGCAGAUGUGCUUCAGGACCGGUUCCUUGUUGAGGGGAACAAGCUGGUCAGAGAUGAGCUUGCUUCUACUCUGCGAAUGUUCGACAUCAGUGCAUCUGAAGACAUGGACAUGGUUGCUCAGAUAAAACGCGAGGUGAAGAAAUUAUGCACGCGGAACAUUAUCGCCACACAGAUCACACUGAAUGAGGCUGAUGACGAUAAACGGGACAACCUCAAGCGCAUGAUCUACGAAUCAGAGAAAGAUAUGAAGCAGUACCAAGUUCAGCAGGAGCCCAUGAUGGACCGUAUACGGUCACUGAGUCGCGUUAGUAGUCAUCGCUCCGAGCCCCAAUCGGGCAGGGAAACUCCAGAACCGAUCCGGGAUGUCGUCUUCACUCCCACUGCUGAACAGGAAUUAGAAGCCAUUCUUGGCAGGGAGGAGCUAGAAAGUGGCCGUACUUCACCGACUUCGACCCAGGGAACAACCCCAGCAACAAAGUCACGCCCCACAACAACAAGUACCAUGGCAACCACACCUGGCAAUGAGGAUGAUGAGGAGGAAGAAGAGACAGAGGGGAGUGAAAAGGAGGGUGAGAAAUCUCCCUGCAAGUCAGGCGAGGAGGAGCACCAGCCUAGUUCAGGGUCAAGGUCACCUGGGACCAAAUCAGAGGAAGAGGUUGAGGGGGAGAUUGCCCGGGUGACGCAGGAGUUGGAACGACCGACAAGCACUGUAAAAUUUGCCUCACAUCUUGAAGUAGCAGACAUACCUAACAGGUCAAGGUCAUCUCUAGGGCCGUCACGUCUGUCACUGAUGGAUGAGCACGGGAGACCAUCCCGCACAGGCACAAUGAUGACAGGAACUACAGGCACUGAGGGAAUGGUGUUCGGGCGGGAUGCAGUCGUGGAGCGGGAGAAAAUCAACGAGGAGGCGCGAAACACAUUUGCAGUUAUGGAUGGGUGGUAUCAAGAUAUGUUGCAGGAUUUGAUAGACCUGGAUAAUGCUUUUGAACUUGGACUUUCUGCGGACAGUAGGCAAGAGUUUGAAGAGAAAAUCCAGAAAGUCAGGGUCAGUAAAACACCACCAACAAGUAAAGAUGGCAUGGCCAAGGUGGAAGUCUCUGUAACCGACACAAGUGAAGGUCAAGGUCAACAAAUGGAUUCAGAUAAACAGACUAAAGUAACAGAAAACGCGAAUAUAAGCUCAACUAAACUUGAGGAACAAACUGCUGAUGAUAGUGGCAAUGUAAUUGACCCACCAAAUGAUAGAAAUGUCACAGAAAGUCCAACUGUAGACAGAGAAAAAACUGACAUUGAAAUUAUUGUAACAGAAGACACAGAUACCGAAUGUGUAGAAUGAUAAUAUAAAACCUGCUGAACAUUUUAUUUUAUGAUCACUUCACCUUAUGGUAUAACAAUAAUGGAACCACAUGCUAUAAGUUAUAAAUCAAACCAUGUCUUUGUUUCACUGCCAUUUUUAUGAUUCACCAAGAUUUAGCUAUGAUUAUGCCUAAUUGGAUGCAAUGGGUAAACUAUUAGCUGGUGAAAUCCUGUAUAGUUCUGACCUCAACAUAACCUCCUGAUGAAACAAUAUGAACACCAGUAUUGUACAUCCAUGUUUUCACAAGCACCAAUAUAAACAAUAAGACAUCAGAGCAUCAAUUAUGUGGUGCUAAUCACAAGAGCAGAGAUUGUUUUCUGUUGGAAGUGUUGACUGCCACAUGUUUUUUAUUGUUAGUGUUGACUGCCACUGUGUUUUGACAUGAAGUAUGAAACAUGACCACCACAGUGAGGUGUUUUGAUGUAAGAGGUCUGUUGUUAUCAUAAUGGCCACAGAACUGUUGGUACAUUUGCCCUUAUCUUUGUUUAUUAUGUACCCGAAAAGCUGAUAUUUUUAAUAAUGUCUAAAAAACUUUAUGGAGGUACAGCCAGAUGGAAGAAUAAAGUAAAACUUUAAAAAUUACCAAGACCAUUUGUAUGUCAUUCUUGUACAUGGAGUAUCAUUUUCUGGUAAAGUCUUGUCAAAUUAUGGCUAAUUUUUAUUCAUUUAUAUUGUAUUUAUUUUAUAUUAUGGCUUAUUAUAGAACAUGUGCCUUGUACUGUGGCAACUGAAGUUUUAUUGCCUAUGUUAAGAGCCUUCAAGAAAAGAAACAACAACAUUUGUUAUUCACAGAAUCACAGUAUUGUGGCACUCUGCUGUUGUACAAUGAUACUGCUGUUGUUAAAUGUUUAUUGUAUAAUAAAUACUUGUGGCAUUUUAUUUUUAUCUGUGUUAAAUGUCUGUGAUAUUUACAUCAUGUUUUAUUGUUUCAUAGAGUAUCUAAUUAAGUCACAUUAAUACAUAUUGUAUACAAAAAAUAAUACAUCAAUAAAAUAUGUAAUAAGUGACAAAAUAUUAAAUAUCUUAUACAAGUAUUUUGUAAUUGCUUUUUAAUUGUUAUAUAUGUAUGAAAUAAAAUG